AUGACACCUCCUGUUAGAACAGAGAAUGGUAAAGUGAGAGUUCAGCUCCGUGGCUUUGAGAGGGUGUACACGGCGGUGGAUGAAUCGUCAACGAAAGUGGCGCACGUGAUGGUUGUCAAGGGCCCUGUACGCAUUCUAGUGCAGCACCUUCCCACUGCAUUGAUGCACACGUUCAACUUGCAUCCGAGAAUGCGAGCGCUGCAGGUACAAGGCGCUUUCCAUGAAGCGGAGAUCCAGCCGCUGAUCACAGUCAUUGACGUCGCUACUCGUCGGUUGCUGCGUGUUCGAUCAACGGACAAAGCAGAAGAACAAACAGGAGCUUGGAAACGCCACGUGCAGGAAGAGUGUGAGAAGUUCGUGAACCGCUACGAGGAGUUUGCGUCAUUCCUGGAAAUCUGGAUCAAUGAAUCGAACGACAUGGCCAGACUCUUCCUGUUCUCUGACCACUACAUGUGCGACGGCACUUCAGGUGUGACGAUUCUCAAUGACACUUUGAAGCACGUAGCGCUACUCGCCAGCGAGGAGAAAAUCGAGCCGAAACAACAUCCUGUUCGUGCGUCUCCCUACAACCUCUGGCUGGACAACUACACCUUUACGACGCCACUCACGAAGAUGACUGUGAGGCUGCUAUCCCCUGUGAUUAAGAGCAUCCUUACAUCUCACACAAAGCCGCUACUACCUGCACGUUCGGACCAAGCAGACUUGGUGUACCCCUUUACGAACAAUCCCAGUUACGCGCUGUUCGAGGCGGGGGCCCCGCAGACUAUGAAGAAGGUGCUUCAGCGCUGCAAACAGGAGGGAGUCACGUACUCGGGAGCCCUCACUGCUGCGGUCAUCUUGGCUUACUACUAUGCCUCCCAAAAGCACCAUUCAACGGCGCUCACUGAGAGUUUCAAAGUCACUCUUACGAUGAGUACGAAUCUGCGGUCCCGAUUGCCGACACCGGUCCCUGAAGAUGUCGUAGGCAGCUACGCGUCGUUGGUGCCUUUAGACAGUGUGAAAAGCCUCGGGACUGUGUUCGCCUCUGUCAAAUUCUGGGACGUUGCACGCUCCUGCAAACAGGACAUUAAGAAUGGGCUGAAAUCUCCUGCGGUGGCCUUCACGGACAUCUUUAUGGACCAGAAUUUUAACUCAGCGUCUGUGUCCACAGCAUUUUCGAAGCAUGUGAUCAAGAACUCGUGCAGUGGAGACGUUAACAUCUCCAAUAUCGGUCGGUAUCCGUAUCCAACGAGCCACACGCUUGGUGACGCUGGAGAGCUUUCGGUUGAGAAUCUGUUUCUGUAUGAGUCUGUGCCGUUCUUCUCCAUGGGGGCUCUAAUGUACGUGUCGACGGUGAAGAGUUUCAACUACUCCAUGCUUCACAAGUAUGAGGACAAGGACGCCAAGCGGCUGUUCAAAGCGUAUGUGACUUUCGGUGAGCACAUUGGUGAUGUUGACGAGAAUUCCACCAUGGCUAACGUAUUUGCCCAAGUUGAGAGUAAACUAGGAUCUCCUGCAUCUUACUAGCACGUUAAUUGAAAAAAAAAGUUUCUAAAACAUA